GCCAAGCUUCUGCUUCCGCUUCCGUUACUGGCCACAACGCCCGCCCCUCCUAGCCUGCUCCUCAGCUAAACUCCAGGAACACCAAGGGAGCCAUGUUCCUCCUUCUUUUUCUGGUUAUUCAUCUUAACGGGCUGCAGGCAGGCCAGAAUCCUAAGAAAACCAUCCUACAGACAACUGUUCCUGAAAAGAUCUCAUCAACGGAUGUGGAAACAGAUCCAGAAAACCAUUUGGCUUAUCUUAUUACAAUAAAUGAAAAACCCCAUUUCAUCCAUCUUAAAAAGCAAUCAUUUAUAGCGCCAAAUGCAGUGGUUUAUACUUACGACAGAAAUGAUGUUCAACAUUCUCAAUCUUUGUCAGCUCUGGAAAAUUGCAAUUACAAUGGAUAUGUUGCAGGUUUUCCAAAUUCAGUCGUGACACUCACUGUGUGUUCAGGACUCAGGGGAACAAUACAAUUUGAAAAUGUCUCCUAUGGAAUCAAACCUGUGGAAACCCUGUCAGGUUUUGUGCACGUGAUCUAUGAGAACACAAAUGAGCAUGCUGAGAUUCCUGACUUAGGAAAGAAUCUGACAUACAGUUGGUCUGACAAUUCAGAUUAUCAAUUCCGAAGCAGCAUGAAGAAAGCUGAAUUUACCAUGUUACGCCCACGAUACAUUACAAUAGAUAUCGUUGUGGAUAAAAAGCUGUUUGAUUACAUGGGCUCUGACACUAGAAUUGUGCUACAGAAAGUCAUUCAGAUCAUCGGUUUCGUUAACACUAUGCUCUCCAAGUUAAAACUGACUGUUGUAAUAAAUUCCAUUGAAAUCUGGUCAAAGGAAAACAAAAUCAAUUUCCCAGAGGCAGCUGAUGACUUACUGGCUCAGUUUUUAUAUUGGAAACAUAAACAUAGAUCACAACAAGCUGCAUACUUACUGGCAUUUGAGGAGCACCCUGCUUCCACAGGGGCCCUAUAUCCAGAGAAUCUGUGCAAUGUGGACUACGCCGCCGCUGUUGCCCUGUAUCCAAAAGGUUUAUCAUUAGAAUCGUAUAGUGUCAUUGUCCUGCAGCUGCUGAGCAUCAAUAUGGGCUUAACCUACGACACUGAGAACUGCCACUGUAUAGGAGAUGUUUGCUUAAUGACGCCCGAAGCAAUAUAUUCUGGGGGUAUGAAGGAGUUCAGUACUUGUAGCUUGGAUGACUUUAAAUACCUGUCAACACAACAAGAACUUGGAUGUCUCCAGGACUUGCCUUUGGAAAGACAAAAGAAAACUCGCAGGCCAAGGAGAAUCUGUGGCAAUGGGGUGAUGGAGAUGAACGAGCAAUGCGACUGUGGCACUUUGAAGAACUGUACACACAAAAAAUGCUGUGACCCCAUGUCCUGCCGAUUGAAGCCCAAAGCUUUAUGUGGUUCUGGGGAGUGCUGCUCACAAGACUGUACGGUUGUGAAAUCGGGUUCCUUUGCAUGCUAUGAAGAGUUCAAUUCCAGAUCUGACAGAUUUGGCAACUGUAUUGGCGGCUUUUGUGUUUUCCAAAAUACUCUCUGUGGGAAAUUAGUCUGCACAUGGCCAUUCAGGAAGCUAGUGAUAAAGCCCAAUAUAUCUGCAGCUUAUGGACAAAUCCGAGAUGACUUAUGUGUAUCCUUGUACAAAGGCGGGAGGGUAUUAAAGCCAACAAAAACAACAUAUAACCACUGGUCGGACAGAGAUGAAACAUUUGUACAAGAUGGCACAAUCUGUGGCCCUGACAUGUUUUGUGUACAAGCAAAUUGCAAAGAAACUAGAUUUCACAUGGAUUUAAACAGUUGCAAUGCUACUAGAGAUUGCAAUGACCAUGGGGUUUGCAACAAUUUUCACCAUUGCCAUUGUGAUAGGGGUUAUAACCCUCCUUAUUGUGAUGAGCGACCAGGACAGUUUGGAAGCAUUGAUGAUGGACACAAAUAUUUUGUUGAAGAUGGUAAAAGCUAUAAGCAGCAAAAUCAUAAUAUUCUUCCAAAACAACGGCUUCAGUUCAUUCUCUACAUAUCUCUACCCUUAAUUAUGAUUAUUUCAGCUGUAGUUAUAAAGCAAAGUAAACUGAGUCGUCUAUGUGUCAGAGAAAGAAGUGAAAGUAACAGCUCUACAACGGAAGAUAGUGUGAGUAACUCCAAGUUGACCAGCACUGAAGGAAGGCGAUGUAUGUUAUGCGGCACAUUAUUUUUGUGUGUGGGAAAGAGACAUGAGUUACUCGUGGGCUCACCUCAUCUAUAUAAGGAACCAAUGACAAAGUGAUGAUGCUUCUAAAGCCCAGCUAGGUGAAAUGCUCACCUACAGACUCAUCAAUCACACCAAACCCAGAAAGGGUUCUGAGCGUCUUUGCUGUGAAGAGACACUAAGGGCUGGAGGAGAUAGCCCAGACAAGAAAGUGUCACCAGGCCUCUAGGCCCUGUCUUCUGAGUGACGUGGUCUUGAUUGCUGGGUUCCAGUACACCUUUGCGGUUAUCUCGAAGGAACAUGGGAUUUGGUUUGCCCUUUAAUAAAAUUGAUUACAUCCA